AUGGACUCUACUCGCCCCCUCGGGCUGUUGCUUCUGCCGUUGCUCCUGAUGGGGACCGCGCUGGGCAACGGUGAUCAGGAGGCGCCAGGAAACAAUGCAGACAUCUGCCUCCUGUCCCCCGACGUGGGGCCGUGCCGGGCCCGGAUCCCCAGUUACUACUACGACAGGUACACGCAGAGCUGCCGCAUGUUCUUCUACGGGGGCUGCCAGGGCAACGCCAACAAUUUCGAAACUUUGGAGGACUGCAACGAAGCUUGCUGGAGGAUAGAGAAAGUUCCGAAAAUUUGCAGGUUGGAAGUCAGUGAGGGGCAGUGUGGAGUGCGCACAGGAGAGUAUUUCUUCAAUCUAAGUUCCAUGACAUGUGAAAAAUUCAUAUCUGGCGGGUGUCACAGCAAUAAGAACAGGUUCCCGGACGAGGAUACUUGUAAGGGCUUCUGUGCACCAAAGAAAAUUCCGUCAUAUUGUCACAGUCCGAAAGAUGGGGGACUAUGCUCUGCUAAUGUGACUCGCUAUUAUUUUAAUCCAAGACACAAAGCCUGUGAGACCUUCACUUAUACUGGCUGUGGAGGGAAUGACAAUAACUUUGUUAACAUGGAGGACUGCACAUAUGCUUGUAUAAAAGCUGUGAGGAAGCAAAAGGAUAAGAAGACACCGAAGAUUGUCUUUGCUCAUAGAAGGGUGAAAACUUGGAAGAAGUAA